AUCCAAAGCUUGAGACGUGAGCCGUCCAUUUAUUUCGAACGUAGACUGAGUGACCUACGCUAACCUAUAAGUAACACCCACUUUUGAAAUUUGGGGUGAACCAAGAUCGAUCUCUCUCUCUCUUCGGAGGAAAAGGUUUCUUGAAGCUGAUUGUAUUUGUGGCUUGACAAAUUGGUUUCUAGGAUGGCAUAUGAAAUCAAUGAGCAGAAAAAAAUUGGCAUUGGGCUUAUAGGAUUUGGCAUCACAUUCACAUUUCUUGGUGUUAUUCUCUUCUUUGACAUGGGCUUGCUGGCACUUGGAAAUAUUUUUUGCUUGUCUGGUGUUGCUGUUUUGCUUGGUUGGCAUUCAACAUGGCAACUUUUCACCAGGAGAACGAGUUACAAGGGAUCAGUAUCCUUCCUUGUUGGGUUUUUCCUCAUAUUUAUCGGCUGGCCUAUAGUUGGGGUCAUCCUGGAAUCAUAUGGCUCUAUCGUUCUCUUCAGUGGUUUCUGGCCAGCUUGUAAGGCUUUCCUGUGCCACAUUCCAAUUCUUGGCUGGCUGUUCCAGUAUUCAUUUCUGUUUUUUGAUCGCUUCAAGCUGAAAAGUGGUUCAUGAUUUGCUGAUGGUAUUUGUUUAUGCACAUCCUACACUGAUGUUGAAAAUUGACUCGACCAGUGGAGAGGAAACAAGUAGGAAGAGAAUGUGAUAUUGUCACACUUCGAUCUCUGAUUUGUCCAUGCAUAGCUAGUAGCAGGUAGAGCUCAUAGAGCAGCAGGAUUGCUAAGCUUCAUGUACUACAAAUGGGAGAAGGAUUAACUUGCCCCAUAUAGUGGACUUCUAUUGGAAUACAUCUGUAGAAUUUGUUGACUGGAUGCAUUCAUCACGAAUUUCACACUGAAAGACUUGACAUCCAUACAGUGAAGAUAUAAAAUCCUUUCAUUGGUAGUUUGAGCUUCAUCAGCCCCUUUCACAUUUCUGAUACCUAUAAGAAAAUGGGAGUUACUGAUUUCAGUGACAGUUGCUAUAUUUCAUUGUAUUGUACUUGAAAUCUAGAAGAAAAAAACGAAUGUUUGUGUGCUUGUACAUUCAUGUGUGCAAGUGUAAAUGUGAAGUGUGUGCUUGCAUGUGUGUGAUGUUGGCCGUCCCUAUUCCUACCUGUGAUUUUGUUGUUCUUGGUUUGUUGUUCAAGCAUGAGUGUGCAUGUUGAUUCGAUGAUAUUGUGGCAAGUUGUAACAAACAUGCAGAAGACUUGUAUUCUUUGUGUUAGAUUGCCCUGAAGCAAGGGGAAGAGAAAUAACCCCAGCUUAGUUGUGGGGAAAGAAGAUAGAUGAGUUGUAUUGAGCCUAGAUGAGUUGUACUGAGCCUUCCUUGAGUUGGAGUGACAAUCUGCCAGUUUGUGUGGUGUUCAAACUUCAAGAAAGGCUAGGUGAUAUCAGGACCUUGAUCCUUCUCUUGCCCCCACUUGAAAACCUGCCUUACUAUGUAUUAUAUUUUGCCAACGCUUGCAACCCUCUUUGCAUGAAUUACAAGGACUGGGUUGAAAUACUUCCAUGAAAUUGGACCAUUUUAUUCUCAGUCUGUUGUUGUAAACACCGGUAAACGCUACUAUGAUUCACUAUUUGAAACAGCAAAUGAUAUUUUAUGUUCGUGUUUU